AUGGCGAACCGGACGGCACAUAAUCCAUAUCUUCAGGAGAAGAAUGCCCGGCGAGCGGGCAGAUCUCCUGCGCGAUCUCCUGCACGAUCGCCAGGCCCGAAUGGAAAAAAGGCACAGAAGCAGAAGCCCGCACCUAUAGGCUACACAUCAGAGGGCGUGACGGAUCAUGACAUUUUCAACCUCCCGUCGUCCGAUUGGACCUUGCUGGUAGUCCUGACCCUGACUGCUGCUGUGGUGCGCCUGUUCAGGAUAUACCAGCCAACCAGUGUCGUCUUCGAUGAAGUCCACUUCGGUGGCUUUGCUUCCAAGUACAUCAAGGGCCGCUUCUUCAUGGACGUCCACCCUCCUCUGGCGAAAUUACUUAUCACACUGGCUGGAUGGCUGGCUGGCUUUGACGGAGAGUUCGACUUCAAAGACAUUGGGAAAGAUUAUCUAGAGCCGCGUGUUCCCUAUGUGGCCAUGCGUUUGUUGCCCGCCCUGUGCGGUGUUGCGACUAUCCCUACCAUGUUCUUGACACUCAAGGCUGCUGGAUGCCGGACCACUACGGCUGCGCUUGGGGCUGGCCUUGUUCUAUUCGACAAUGCCCUCCUUACCCAGUCUCGCCUCAUUCUGCUAGAUUCUCCCCUGGUUAUAUUUACUGCCAUCACUGCUCUAGCCUGGACAAGCUUCAUGAACCAGCACGAGCAGGGCCCCUCAAAGGCAUUUCAGCCCUCCUGGUGGUUCUGGCUUGCCGCGACAGGUGUAGGGCUUGGAGCUACGGUCAGCGUGAAGUGGGUUGGUCUUUUCACGAUUGCUUGGGUUGGAAGCUUGACACUCCUCCAGCUCUGGGUUCUACUUGGUGAUUCAAAGAAUGUCACUCCGAGACUCUGGUUCAAACACUUCUUCGCCCGUACGUUCUGCUUAAUUGUCAUCCCAGUGACAUUCUACAUGGUCAUGUUUGGAGUCCAUUUCCUUUGCUUGGUCAACCCAGGUGAUGGCGACGGUUUCAUGUCCUCGGAGUUCCAGGCCACCCUCAACUCGAAGGGCAUGCAAGACGUGGCCGCGGACAUAGCUUUUGGAAGCCGUGUCUCCAUCCGUCAUCACAACACCCAAGGCGGUUAUCUCCAUUCGCACAGCCACAUGUACCCCACCGGAAGCAAGCAGCAACAGAUUACGCUAUACCCACACAAGGACGAGAACAACAUUUUUGUCCUCGAGAAUCAAACUCUCCCCGAGAUGCCUGAUGGCUCCAAGGUAGAAGGGCCGAAGGCUUGGGAUAACUUCGGACCUCAGUUCAUCGAGGAUGGCGCUGUCCUCAAACUCUAUCAUGUUACCACCGACCGACGUCUUCAUUCUCACGACGUUCGCGCACCCGUCACCGAAGCUGAUUGGCAAAACGAGGUCUCCGCCUACGGAUACGAAGGGUUUGAAGGCGACGCCAAUGAUCUUUUCCGUGUCGAGAUCAUCAAGUCCAUGUCGGACGGAGCAGAAGCUAAAAAGCGACUAAGGACCAUCCAAACCAAGUUCAAGCUUGUUCAUAUCAUGACUGGCUGCGUACUCUUCUCCCACAAGACCAAGCUCCCUGACUGGGCUUAUGAACAGCAAGAAGUCACCUGUGCUCGCGGCGGAACGCUCCCUAACAGCGUUUGGUAUAUCGAGUCGAACGAACAUCCUCUUCUAGGAGCCGAAGCUGAGAAGGUCAACUACCGAAACCCUGGCUUCUUUGGCAAAUUCUGGGAACUGCAGAAGGUCAUGUGGCGGACGAAUGCUGGUCUCGUUGAAUCUCAUGCUUGGGACUCGAGGCCUCCGUCAUGGCCAAUUCUUCGCCGAGGCAUCAACUUUUGGGGCAAGGACAAUCGCCAGAUCUACUUGAUCGGCAACCCCGUUAUCUGGUGGAGCUCUACCGCUAUUAUCGCUCUCUUUGUUGCCAUCAAGGGUCUCGCUGUUCUUAGAUGGCAGCGAGGGUUCAAGGACUAUUCCCAGGUAACCUUCAAGCGCUUCGACUACGAGAUCGGUGUAUCGAUCCUCGGCUGGGCUUUCCAUUACUUCCCAUUCUACUUGAUGGCGCGUCAGCUCUUCCUCCACCACUAUCUCCCUGCUCUAUACUUUGCUAUCAUGGCUAUGUGUCAGAUGUACGACUUCGUCAGCUACCGCUUCACCGCACUGGGGCUGAAGCAGCGUCCAAUUAUUGGCCAAGCUGCCGCGAUUGCGUUCCUUUCUUUCGCCAUCUUUGUUUUUACUCUAUAUUCUCCGCUCGCGUAUGGAAAUUCUUGGACCAGAGAUGCUUGCAACAAAGUCAAGCUUUUCGACACCUGGGACUGGGACUGCAACACGUUCCAUACCUCCUAUGAUCAAUACACAACCCAGAUCUAUCCGUCCAUCUCCGCCGUGCCUACCUCUCAAGCACCACCUGUCAUCCCACCACCACAACAACCAAUCCAACAGGAGGCUCAGAAGCCUGAUGAGCCUGUCGACGACGCAAAUGUGACGCCCCUCGCCGCCUUCAACGCCGCCAACCAUCCUAUCGUCUCCCGCGAGGAAAAGAUCGAGUAUCGCGACGAGAACGGCAACCUCCUCGAUGAGGAGCAGGUCAAGGCGCUGGAAGGCAAGGUCAGUUUCAAGACGCGUUACGAGACCCGCACGAGGGUUAUUGAUGCCAACGGAAACGAGGUCUACGACGGCGAGUUCGAGGGCGCGCCAGACGGCCGGAUCCCAGAGGGCCGCCCCCCUCCCCACCCAGAUGCGGAGGCCCGCAACCCCGAGACUGGUGAUGCCGGCGAAGCUGACGCCAGUGAGGCGCCGCCGACCAUUGCAGUGGGUGAUGACCAGGCGAAGGAGAACAGCAUUGAGGAUCAGGCGAAGGGAUCGCCGAAACCCGCAAGCGAGGCUUCAGAGGCGACGAAGUAG